AUGGAAGAAGAAAACCCUGCUGACAUUCCGAAGAAGAUGAAUCGAUCCAAUGAACACCAUGACGACAAUGCUCAAGGUAGAAGCUCCCGAGGCACUGGGCAUCCGCCAGAUCAGCUUGAUCAAGCAGUAAUGGAUAGCCUCAUCAAGCGAGCAGAGGCAGAAGCGGUACAGCAGUACCAUGACGAAGAUUCGGAUGCCAUGAAAGCUCAAGUAGAAGACAAGAAGCAAGUCACCCAGAAAAGGGAGACCAAGAGAAAGGGGAACAAGAUGAAGCAUCAGAAGAAAUCAGGAAAACCGUGGCAGAACAAGCCGGACGAGCAAUGGCACAGCAUUUAA